AUGGAGGCCUGGACCCCGGAGCGGCCCACCUUUGGCUUCUGGGACUAUGGCGUCUUUGGUCUCAUGCUUCUGGUCUCCACCUCCAUCGGGCUCUUCUUCGGGCUGGCCCGGGGUGGGCAGAAGACCGCAGAGGACUUCUUCACCGGAGGACGGCAGAUGGGAGCUGUGCCCGUGGGCCUCUCCUUGGCAGCCAGCUUCAUGUCGGCCAUCCAGGUGCUGGGGGUGCCCUCCGAGGCUUACCGUUAUGGGCUCAAAUUCCUCUGGAUGUGCCUUGGGCAGUUGCUCAACACCAUUCUCACUGCCUACCUCUUCCUUCCCGUCUUCUAUCGCCUGGGCCUCACCAGCACCUACCAGUAUCUGGAGAUGAGAUUUAGCCGUCACGUUCGUCUGUGUGGCACCAUCCAGUAUGUCAUCGCCACAAUGCUAUACACAGGAAUUGUCAUCUAUGCUCCUGCCCUGAUUCUCAACCAAGUAACAGGGCUGGAUAUCUGGGCAUCUCUCCUUUCUACCGGUGCCAUCUGUACCUUUUAUACCACUGUGGGAGGCAUGAAGGCUGUCAUCUGGACAGAUGUCUUCCAAGUGUUUGUGAUGCUCUCCGGAUUCGUCGCCAUCUUGAUACAGGGCACACUUCUAGUCGGUGGGGCUCAUCGUGUGCUGGACAUCGCCAGAAAUCACUCCCGGAUCAACUUGAAUGAGGAUGGGGGUGAUGGGAAUGGCAAGCAAGUCCUGGGCUUUCUCCAUCUUUUCUCUCCUGCACAGUAUGUGCCCUACCUGGUGUUGGACAUCUUCCAGGAUUACCCCGGCGUUCCUGGACUCUUCCUUGCCUGUGCCUAUAGUGGCACCUUAAGCACAGCAUCCACUAGCAUCAAUGCCAUGGCAGCUGUCACUGUGGAGGACCUGAUCAAGCCCCGGCUACCAAGCAUCAGCCCUCGAAGACUGACUCUGGUUUCCAAGGGACUGUCUCUCAUCUAUGGUUCUGCCUGUCUGACGGUGGCUGCCCUGUCCUCCCUGCUUGGAGGUGGUGUCCUUCAGGGCUCUUUCACUGUCAUGGGUGUGAUCAGCGGUCCACUGCUUGGAGCCUUCAUCCUGGGCAUGUUCAUUCCAAUCUGCAACACCAUAGGUGUUUUCUCAGGCCUGGGUGCAGGUUUCGUACUCUCCUUCUGGGUGGCUGUGGGAGCCACUCUGUACCCACCGAGCCCACAGACGAUGGGCGUAUUGCCCACCUUCACAGAUCACUGUGCGCUCUACAAUGCCAGCGAGGGUCUAAACAUCACUGUGAUCAUGGGGACACUUCCAACAAGGACUCUUUCUGCCCCAGGAGACCGACCUGCUAUUGCCGACGACUUCUAUGCCAUCUCCUACCUGUAUUAUGGGGCCCUGGGCACGCUGACCACAGUGCUGGGCGGCAUCCUUGUCAGCUACCUGACAGGCCCCACCAAGCGGAGUGAGCUGGGCCCUGGCCUUCUUUGGUGGGAUGUCAUGAAACAGAUGUCGUCUGUGGCCCCCAUGGCUAAGUCGGUGCCCCUGGAGGAGGCUCUGACUAAUUGCAAGGAUUCUAAGGAGCACCCACAAGAGGUCAAGAAGCCCCCAGGCCCCCCACCUUUCUGGCCCCAGGAUCCACAGUUACAAAAGGAGGCAGAGGAAAGCAACCUGCUCAGAGAAACCGAUAUCUAA